UCAAAAAAAUUGUAAAUCAUUUGUAUACACAAUAUAUCUAUUUAUAUCAAAAAUAUUUAGCAUUUCAUUAUAAGGAAUGACAUGGAUGAUUUUACUUUUUACUUAAAAUUUACAAAACCUAUAAUUCUUAACUUACCAUAUCUCAAAGGUAAAUUCAUUUCAUUCGACGACUUUCUUAAAUUUUGUUCAAAAUUCUGUGUAUACGUAGAUCGUGUAAUGGCUGCAUUAUGGUUAAACAAAUUAACUGAAAUAAACGAAAAUGUUCCGAAGGACAAUCUUCACGUUGAAUAUUUGAAAUUAUUGUUAUUUGCUCUACAGAAAAAUAACCUUACAGGUAUUUUUACAAAAUAUCCACCUGAAGGCUCGCUUCCGCAGUAUCCAGAAAUGAAUACGGCAACGGACAUGAUAAAAUUAUUGAUUCCAACGAAAAAAAGUUCUUUUCCUUCAAUUUAUACUGCAAUAGGAAGUGGUAUGUCCGAAUUCGCUGCAAUUCAGGAAAUACCGAAUUUCGGAUUACAUGGUUAUUACGCUAUAUCUAAUGAACCUUUACCAUUGUGGACACAAAAUAAAACUAGACUAUUGAAAAACAAUGAGAGUAGAAAAAAAAUAUUUCGACACAAAGAUUUUCUUGAAUAUAAAAUGCUCAAGGAAAUGGAUUUACAACAAAUCGCAUCAAAACAACAAAUGAAGUUAAAAGAAAAAUUAAUAAAUGAUAUACAAGAUAAUUGUAUCGCAAAUGAAAUUGAUUCCGAAGAAGAGUACUCUUUACAAUGAUCAUAUA